CCGGAGCCGGAUCCAGCCCUGCUCGAAGACAAAGGGAUUUAUUGCUGGCCCGGUGCAGGAGCGUUGUGGGGGGCUUGAGGACCUCCGGGCUGGGCACUGAGCGUGCUGAGCCCGCUGUCGGUUAGCGGUGGCUCCCCAGGGCGUCGCCGCGGCCCCGUUUCCUCCCCGGCGCGGCGGGAGCGCAGGGUCACUCCGCAGCUGGCCGGAUCCGCGCAUCCUUGCUGACGCCGAUCUCUAUCGAUCGGCUGCAACGGCAGGGAGCUGGGCAGCCCCCGGACCUGCUGCCUGCUCUCCUGGUCAGCCAUGCCAGGCUGGCGUGGAGCUAGUCCACGGCUUGGCUGAGGUUUCUGCUGGGGGGCAGCUUCCCGGCGGCCGCAGAUGCUUGGACUUUCCAUGGGUCCCCCGUGAGACCCAACCGGCUGCUGCUUGGGACGGGCCAGCCCCGGCCCUCUGACCUCUCCCGGGCAAUGGAUCUGCUGCAGAAGAGCAAAUACAGCCACCUGCGGAACGAGUCUGUCUCCUCUCUGGAGGAGGCUACGGGAGGCCUGGGGGUCCUCACCUCCCCGGUGGAGUCUCUCUCGGGCACUCGCUCUCUGCCUGCCUCCCUGUCCUCCUCGUCCUCUCUCUGCCCCGCGGCGUCUCUCGGGGAGCUGUCUCCCGAGUCAGAGGACAGUCCCACCACCCUCUGCUCCUUCUUCCCCAAAAUGGCCAACUUGAAGCUCUCCAACCCUGCCAACCUGCUCAGUCUGCGAGGCUCUUCGGCCGGCGGCAGCCCCGGGGAGCACAGCUCUGCCGGGACGGUGACACCGGCGCUGGCACCAGGAGGAGCUGCUGGCCCAGCCUCAUCGGGACCUGUCCCUGUCUGUCCCCAGGAUAUGAACAAGCUGAGCUGCGGGAAGAAGACGCGGGUGGAAGGUGGCCAGCUGGGGGGGGACGAAUGGACCCGGCACGGCAGCUUUGUCAAUAAGCCCACCCGCGGCUGGCUGCACCCCGAUGAGAAGGUGAUGGGCCCUGGGGUCUCCUACCAUGUCCGGUACAUGGGCUGCGUGGAAGUUCUCCAGUCCAUGAGGGCUCUGGAUUUCAACACCAGGACACAGGUGACCAGGGAGGCCAUUGGGCUGGUGUGUGAGGCUGUGCCCGGUGCCAAGGGAGCCGUACGAAGGAGGAAGCCCUGUGGCCGCUCCCUGAACUCCAUCCUGGGCAAGAGUAACCUGAAGUUUGCUGGCAUGCCAAUCACCCUCACCAUCUCCACCAGCAGCCUCAACCUCAUGGCUUCUGACUGCAUGCAGAUCAUUGCCAACCACCACAUGCAGUCCAUCUCCUUUGCUUCUGGGGGAGACCCGGACACAGCUGAGUAUGUUGCCUACGUUGCCAAAGACCCUGUCAACCAGAGAGCCUGCCAUAUCCUGGAAUGCCCUGAGGGCCUGGCACAGGAUGUGAUCAGUACCAUCGGGCAGGCCUUUGAGCUGAGGUUCAAGCAGUACCUGAAGAACCCCCCCAAGCUGGUGACACCCCACGACAGGAUGGCAGGGUUUGAUGGCUCUGCCUGGGAUGAGGAAGAGGAGGAACCAGCCCCGGAUCACCAAUACUACAAUGACUUCCCUGGCAAGGAACCUCCUAUCGGGGGGGUCGUGGACAUGCGGCUGCGAGAUGGAGCUGCUCAGACCCCCAAUCACUUGGGAGCUACACUGCCUGUCGGCCAGCCCAGCGGUGGGGACUACGAGUCCAGGAAGCAGCACUCUGCCCCCCAAGGGAGAGAGAAGUGCCCAGCUCCGGCGGGCACGGCCGGGCGCACAGACCUGUUCGAUGACCCAUCCUAUGUCAACGUGCAGAACAUGGACAAGGCUCGGCUGGCAUCAGCUGCUGGCACCCCUGCCACAGCCAACGGCAGCACCCAGAGAGACCUCUUUGACAUGAAGCCCUUUGAAGAUGCCCUGCGUGUGCCCCCGUCUGUGCCCGCCGGGCUGCCUCCUACCCAGGUGCUGGCCUCCAUGGAGGAGCAGCUGAGGCGGGAGCCUUGGUACCACGGCAAGAUGAGCCGCAAGGAGGCCGAGAAGCUGCUGAAGGUGAACGGAGACUUCCUGGUGCGGGAGAGCACAACCACCCCGGGCCAGUACGUGCUGACAGGCCUGCAGGGUGGGCAGCCCAAGCACCUGCUGCUCGUGGACCCUGAGGGAGUGGUACGGACGAAAGACCACCGCUUUGAGAGCGUCAGCCACCUCAUCAGCUACCACAUGGACAAUCACCUGCCCAUCAUCUCGGCUGGCAGCGAGAUGUGCCUGCAGCAGCCGGUGGAGAGGAGACUCUGAGUGCCCGGGGGGCCCUAGUGCCCAGCCCUCCCCCACCCCCCCCCGGGCCCUGCUCCCCGCCCAGGGAGCUCUUUGGACUCUUGGCUGGGCGCUCUGCUCGGGACUGAGCGUGGACUUGGCUGGGGAUGGGAACUGUGCCCCACUGCCACUUGGAGCUGGUGGCCCCACAGCACGGCGUCAGCUGCCUGCAGUGCUGGGGGAGGGGGGGGGCACCUCCUGCCAAAGCUCCUCUGCCCUCCCCACCUCCAGCUCCAGCCCCAGCCUUUGCACAGCAGCUCAUCCCCUACCAAAACCGGCCCCGGGACUGGCGGAGCCGAGUUCCCCCGAGCUGGGGGCCCACAGCCCGGCCUUGUCCCCUGCCCACAGGCCAGGGCUAGGGGGGCAGCAGUGGGGGGCUCUGCUCCCCCCAAGCACAAGGCCCGGCUGGCCCCACACCGACUGUACCCGAUCACUUUAUGUGUUAACUCUGUGCCUUGACCCCGCAGGUCCCACACUCUUAUUAUGCAAUUUCGGGGGCCGGGGGCAGAAUCCCCCCUCCCCCCUGCUCCCAGCCCCCACCGUGCCCUUUCUUUCCCGGGAUGUGCUCAUUCCUUCCCGGGAUGUGCUCCUCUGCACCUCCCUCUCCUUGCCCGCCCUCUCCGGGCUCCCGGCUGGAUACGGCCGGCUCAAGUAGCCCCGGGGGGAGUGGGGGGCAGCGGCAGCCCCCUCCCCACCCAUCUCCUCCCCCCCCCCCCCAGCAUGCACGGUGUUACUGCCCCCAAGCCAAAGCGUAGCCCUGCCCCGCACAGCCCCGGGGCCCUCCCGGGCACCGCUAUACCAAAGGAAGCGGCGGUUGGUAUUAAAGUUGGUAUUUCUGUA